UGCGCAGGCAGCUGGACGGCUACAUUUUUCCCAGCGUUGGCCCCGGUACCUGCCGUGUCUCAAUUACGCAGGUUCACAUCGCCGAACUCCGUUCAGAGUUCGUCCAAUUUAAGUCAUCGGCAUAUUGCUCCCGAAACAAUACUCAGCGUUUGUCUGAAUCGACUGUCUGAAUCGAAUGAAUUCGGUUUGGAGGCAGUGCACUGAAAAAAAAAAAAAAUCACCUAUUUCGACCAAGGGCGAGGCUUUUGUACAGUUCUCUCGUCCUUUCAGUCAUUUCCCCUCCAAGUGUUUCGAAAUGCUUUUUCCGCCUAACUUGGAUCAAAUGCUGCGGGUGAUGUCUGCAACUCUCGACUGAAUGAAAUUCCAAUCUAAACUGAAUUUUAAAUGGCAUGUGGCGUCACAUCAUUGGAGGAUCCCCCUCUGCCCCUGUCCCGCCUGCGCCUCCUGGUCCCGCCACUGCGGUUGGUCUCUGCGGCGAUCUGGGAGACUGUUCGGCGGGAAGCUGUGGCUGACUACGGGCUGCUGGAUGACUUCGUUACAGCAAUCACUGACACUGUGCCGGAGCUUCUCAAUCGCAGACAGAGGUGUUUGCUGAGCCUUGGCCUUCGCGCUCAGCUGAUACUGGAGCUGUGUCGCCCCGAGCAGACGAUAGACCUUGAGAUUAUUCAGCCACACCUGGAUAUAAUAACCUCACUGUGGAACACAGAGAUGAGCAAUAAAGGGGACGGAUCUUCUGCAGAUCUCCUCGGCCUCAUUCACACCCUCAUUAAAGACCACGACGAGAGGCUGCACUUCUUCCGGGAGGUUUUUCCAGUGAGAUUUGGAGCCAGGUAUUGUGAAGAUAUACGGAUGCUUGUGGAGACACUCCUCUUGCAGCUUGACAAGUUACUUAGCGUACCAAAUCUAAAGCAGGUUGCCUGGAUGAUCAGUGAUGUGCCUUCGGUACUGUCAGAAUGUAUGGAGUCUUUCUGUCAACCUCAAGAACUUAAAUCUCUUCUGGAAUAUCAAAAAGGUCUCAGUCAACUAAAUGAGAAUGAUAAUCCAACAGUCGGUGCCAGCAUUUGUUCGGCUCUCUGUCUGCCACCUUUGACAGCAGCCUCGACAGAACAAGAGGAGACAGUGUUAGAUGUGAAUGUGUUAAAUGAUUACAUGGAUGCAUUCAACAAAGAACUGACAGGGGAGGCUGUCGCAUUGAGAGAGACCGAAACCAGCGGUGUGAAGAAUCAGUCUGUUGUUAACGGACAUCGAGGACAAGAGGAUGAGAUUUCAUACGCUGUUCAACAUGUUGAGUCUUCGGAAGGGGAUAAAAUGAGAUUGGACACUUGUGCUGUUGAGGUUCAAGUUGGUUAUAAUGUUGAAAUUCUAGCUAAGGAGACUAUUACCACAGAGAACAAGCCCUCUGUUGGAGACUCAGUGAUGCAUCUUAGAGAGGACAAGCACGUUCAGGUAUCAGUCAGAACCACAGAUGACAGCGAUUACAAAGUCUUGAGCCCCUGUGAGACUGACAACUGCACAAAAGAAAGCGAGGAGGUCAGUACCAGCACAACAACUAAUGAACAAAUGAAAAACAACAAUAUAUCUAAUGGGAUUCUGUCACCUGUACUGUGUGCACCAGUUGUGAUCGCAUCCCAAAGACCCGUCAGACAGUACCAAAGUCUGAAGAUGAAAAACACUAAAGGAACGCCCAAAAAUUUGCCGUCUAGAAAGAGCCCACGAGUUCUGUCAACCAGCAAGACUUGUCCCACAUGUGGUAAGACAUACAGUCGUGCGUCGGAUAUGAGGCGGCAUCAGAGGACUCAUACAGGGGAGCGACCUUAUCAGUGUUUGUGGUGCAAGAAACUCUUUCAGUUCCAGUAUGACCUAAAGAGACACGAGUUAAACGUGUGCCGAAUCACUACGCCAAAGCCUCAGAACUCCUCAGAUAAAAACGGUCAAGACCCAAAGCAGGGGGAAAGUAGCGGCCAACUUGGAAGUCAACCUAUGGACAUUAGGACUCAAGAAAAGGAAUGUCUGGUAAAUCAGAAAGAAGUGGAGCCUCCUUCUAGAGAGGGAGUACAAAUUGCCACAGCACAAGAUCGUAAACCACUCAGUACCAAAGUCCAGUUAGGAGAUGUAAAGGGGCAGAGCCAAAGACCUCAUCGGGUCAGUCACAAGGGCCAGAAUUCCAAGGUUUUCAAGUCAAGAAAGACAAAUAAACACAAACCUGCCGAUUCUUCCCUGCAUUGUGUGGAAUGCAACAGGUCAUUUCCAGACACAGCAAGACUUGAAACGCAUAAUUUGAGACAUAAGCCUCGUCUGUGCACCAGGUGUGGUGAGAGUUUCAAAGGCUUCAUAGACCUGAACCAACACUACGUUGAAGUGCAUGAUUUCAGAGGACCUUUUCCAUGCUCCUCGUGUGAAAGAACUUACACUGAUCUAGGAGGUCUGAUUAGGCACGAGAGGUUCCACACAGGGGAUCUCCCUUUUAAAUGCCCCAAGUGUCCAAAAGCAUUCAGUUACGCAUCUGCUUUGACGCUACAUGACCGAACUCACACAAAAGAGGCCCCGUUCCUCUGCUGGGACUGCGGGAAAGGCUGCAAGUCCAACGCGGCCCUGAGAAUCCACAGGCUGUGUUGUCACAGCAGCGCCGAGGAGAAGCGCUUCUGCUGCGAGCACUGCGGAAAGGCUUAUGCGCUUAAGAGAAGCUUAGACCUCCACGUAGCGAAACUCCACACUGGUGUGCGCUACCCGUGCUCCCACUGUGGUAACCUGUUCCGAAGUGCGAGCUCGUUGAAAAGACACGAUCUGACCCACACAGAGGAAAGGCCGUACUCAUGCAACGAGUGCAGCAAGAGUUUCAGGUCAGCUUCAGAGCUGAAAAUACACACUCGCUAUCAUACUGGGGAGAGGCCGUACAGGUGUCAGGAAUGCGGCAAGGGGUUCGUUCAGUCUUAUUACCUCACGGCACAUAUGAGGAUGCAUACAGGGGAAAAGCCGUACAAAUGCCCAACUUGUGCCAAAUGUUUCAAGAGCGCAGGGAUUUUGAAGAGACACCAGAUGACCCAUACGGGAGAGAAACCCCAUAAAUGUUCCGUCUGUGAAAUGGCCUUCAGUCGGCCAGAACUCGUAAAAGCUCACGUAAAGAAAUAUCAUUGAGUUUGUGCAGUUUAUUGGUUUGUUUUUUCAGUUUUCUUUGGUGAGUAAGUACCACAAAUAUCACUGUAUCAAUUAAAUAAUGUCAGAAGGCUG